UUUUCUCUCUUUCUUUCUUACAAGAUUAUACCGUUGCCAUGGGAAAUUGUACAAGCAACAAAUAUUUGGCAGAGACAAUGCCGAUGAGUGAGGAGGAGGAACUGGUGGAGACGUUGAAGAGGAAGCUGAAUGCCGAUGACGGUGCUUCGAGAUCUUCGAGAGGGACGACGACGACGACGACGGAGGUGAAGAUUAGGAUGACAAAGAGAGAGCUGGAGAAGUUAUUGAGCAAAGUGGAAGUGGAGGAGCUGCCAGUGACGGAGCUGUUAUUGCAGUUGAUUGAGGUUGGGGAUGAGUCGGAGAGUACUCAUCGGCGAUCAUGGCGACCAUCUUUGCAAAGCAUUCCUGAGCUGUGCUGAAUUGAAUAACAAGUGUUGAAGAAGAUUAUAAAAUUGUAGAUAAGAGAGUUGAGUUGGAAUAUAAUUAUGUUUCCUCCCAACACUUUGGAGCCAACUACCCAAAAAUUAGUUGAGAGAACAAGAAAAUUUUAAGUAGGCAAUGUGAGGGAUCACCAUAUGACCCAACCAUAGGGUCCUGUGUACAUGA